UGGCCGCGGGGCCGCCUCCACAGGCUAGCGGCAGUGACUCGGCGACCUUGAACCUAGAGCCCGAGCCGCGAACCCACUGACCCCAGCACCCCAGCUGUGGCGCAGACUUUACCCAGUGCGAGGGGCGGAGCGGACCGAGUGUCCGCAAACAGACUGGGAUGAUGUUAGCUUUUGCUGCCAGAACCGUGGGAAAACCCCUGGGCCUCCUCAAGCCCUCCUCCCUGAUGAAGGUUUCUGGCCGCUUCAAGGCCCACCAGGAUGCACUGCCACGACUGCCAGUGCCUCCCCUUCAGCAAUCCCUGGACCAUUACCUCAAGGCACUGCAGCCCAUCGUGAGUGAGGAAGAAUGGGCUCACACCAAGCAACUAGUGGACGAGUUUCAGACCUCAGGGGGUGUAGGGGAACGCCUGCAGAAGGGACUGGAGCGCAGGGCCAAGAAAAUGGAGAACUGGCUGUCCGAGUGGUGGCUCAAGACAGCCUAUCUCCAGUUCCGCCAGCCUGUGGUCAUCUACUCCAGCCCAGGAGUGAUGCUGCCCAAGCAGGACUUCAUGGAUCUACAGGGUCAGCUCCGGUUUGCUGCCAAACUCAUCGAGGGUGUAUUGGAUUUCAAGUCCAUGAUUGACAACGAGACGCUGCCCGUCGAGUUCCUGGGAGGACAGCCGCUGUGCAUGCACCAGUAUUAUCAAAUCCUGUCUUCUUGCCGAGUGCCUGGCCCCAAGCAAGACUCGGUGGUGAACUUCUUAAAGUCAAAGAAACCACCCACGCACAUAACCGUGGUGCAUAACUACCAGUUCUUCGAGCUGGACGUGUACCACAGCGAUGGGACGCCACUCACCUCUGAUCAGAUCUUUGUGCAGCUAGAAAAGAUCUGGAACUCCUCACUGCAAUCCAACAAAGAGCCUGUUGGCAUCCUGACCUCCAACCACAGAAACACCUGGGCCAAGGCCUAUAACAACCUCAUCAAAGACAAAGUAAACCGGGAGUCGGUGAACUCCAUACAGAAGAGCAUCUUCACUGUGUGCCUGGACAAGCAAGUGCCCAGAGUCUCAGAUGAUGUCUACCGCAACCAUGUAGCAGGCCAGAUGCUACAUGGUGGUGGCAGCAAGUUCAACAGUGGCAACCGCUGGUUCGACAAAACUCUGCAGUUCAUUGUGGCAGAAGACGGUUCCUGUGGGAUGGUUUAUGAGCACGCAGCUGCAGAAGGGCCCCCCAUUGUCGCUCUUGUGGACCAUGUCAUGGAAUAUACAAAAAAGCCCGAGCUUGUACGGUCUCCUAUGGUACCCCUGCCCAUGCCCAAGAAGCUGCGGUUCAACAUCACACCGGAGAUCAAGAACGACAUAGAGAAGGCCAAACAGAACAUCAGCAUCAUGAUCCAGGACCUGGACAUCAUGAUGCUGGUAUUCCAUCACUUUGGAAAGGACUUCCCCAAGUCACAGAAGCUAAGCCCUGAUGCCUUCAUCCAGAUAGGCCUGCAGCUGGCAUACUACAGGAUCUAUGGGCAGGCGUGUGCCACGUAUGAAAGUGCCUCUCUGCGCAUGUUUCACCUGGGCCGCACUGACACCAUCCGCUCAGCCUCCACAGACUCGCUGGCCUUUGUCAAAGGCAUGGAUGACUCCAAAGUACCGGAGCAUCAGAAGGUGGAGCUGCUUCGGAAGGCUGUGCAGGCCCACCGAGCCUACACUGACCGAGCCAUCCGAGGGGAGGCCUUUGACCGGCACCUGCUGGGUCUGAAGCUGCAGGCCAUUGAGGACCUGGUGAGCAUGCCUGACAUCUUCAUGGACACCUCCUAUGCCAUUGCUAUGCACUUCAACCUUUCUACCAGCCAGGUACCUGCCAAGACAGACUGUGUCAUGUUCUUUGGACCUGUGGUACCAGAUGGUUAUGGCAUCUGCUACAAUCCCAUGGAGGCCCAUAUCAACUUUUCCGUGUCAGCCUACAACAGCUGUGCCGAGACCAAUGCCGCCCGCAUGGCUCACUACUUGGAAAAAGCUCUGCUGGACAUGCGCACCCUACUCCAGAACCACCCCAGGGCCAAGCUCUGAGCCCAGGCCCAGGCCUGCCAGUUCCACAGCCAAACCCACUUUGGAAUGGACACCUACCAUGGCUCACUUCCUGGGCUCCCGUGCCCUCCAGUUUGACUGAGCCAGAAAAGCAUUCUCUAGCAAGGCCCAAGGUCCAAGCCAAGUGCCUUCCAGGCCCUGUCCUCAGCACCUGCCAUAGUCCGUGUGCAGGGCUGAGUCCAGAGACUGAACAAGACUGAGGCCCAGGUCACCAACGUGUCAUCCACCAUGUGAACCAUGGGGAAGGGAACCAGUCCAUCCCUUCUCACAGCAGGGCCUGGGAAGAGUCCCUUUCCUCAGCCCUGGCCAAUCUUUCAUCUCCACAGCCAGGCCAAAAUCUGUCUUCAUUGGUAAAUGCCCGAGGACCAGGAGUCAGAGGGUUAUCUAUCGAUGAGGGACUCUCAGCCUCCCCAUAGCUAAGGGACACUUAAGGCCUAGCCUCCACCACACCACCUCAAGGUGCCAUCUCCCAGCUGCCAUGCUCUGGUGACUCUCGAGCCCCUUGCUUGCAUUCAGCGUGACUCUUGCUGCAGUCAUGGUGGCAUAUGUGAUUAUGCCAGGCGAUCAAUAAAGGGAAGAAGUGCUGGUGAAGUU